CAACAAAUUUUUAUUGAAGUAACAGUUAUUUCUGCUGUUAAAGCAAUUUCUUCCUCUUUCCACUUCUUAUUCUCCGAAAAUGCCUUUGAAAGUUCUCGCUUAAUAGAAUAUGCAAGGCUGCACUGGGAUGAUACGGUCAACGAAACCGACCCAACGGUGGUUCGCUUACGUGAUGAAAUUUUAAAAGGAUCUCGUUCCGCGUUGGCGUCAGGAAUUACUCUGGUAGAGUCGAGGCAUCCAACCAAAAGGGCACAAGGGAAUUAUCUUCUUUCGGAGAUUCUUGCUGCAGAAAGAAAGAGAUUCGAAAAGAAAGGGACUGAUGCCUUGAUAUUUCGCAUUGGAAUUUCUGGCAGUCCAGGUGUUGGAAAAUCUUCUUUUAUUGAAGCACUGGGGAAAGAGUUGACAGAGAAUUUAAAAAAGAAAGUGGCCGUUCUUACUGUCGAUCCAUCUUCUGCAACUACUGGAGGUUCUGUUUUGGGGGACCUAACACGUAUGCAGACACUUGCGAGGAACCCGAUGGCGUUUAUUCGACAGUCUCCCACCAGCGGUUCUUUGGGUGGUGUUACGCGUGGAAUUCAUGAAGCAAUUGUGCUGUGUGAGGGCGCUGGAUAUGAUGUAGUCAUCAUCGAAACAGUGGGUGUUGGACAGUCAGAAGUUAGUGUUAGUAAUAUGAGCGAUAUGUUUUGUCUUCUGCUCUCUCCAGCUCACGGAGAUGAACUGCAGGGUGUCAAAAGAGGGAUUAUGGAGCAAAGUGACCUUUUAAUUGUAACGAAGGCAGAUGGCGAGCUUGAAAAAAAAGCUCGACUGACUCAAAUGGAAUAUAUUUCAGCUCUCAAGUACAUGCAUCCUAGGUCUCCAUUGUGGCGUCCGAAAGUCAUGGGCGCUUCAAUCUUCAAACCAGAGACAGUUCAUGAAGUGUGUAAAACCAUGUAUGAAUUUUGGGAUAACGCUUGUAAAACUGGCUUGCUUCUGUCUCGCAGAAACGAACAAAUGACAACUUGGAUGUGGACUCACGUUCAGGAUGAAAUUAUGUCGGUUUUCCGCCGCCAUCCGGAUAUUAUGAAGAAGGCACCUGAUUUGGAGAAAGCCAUUCGGCAAGGAAAAACUACACCUGGAUCUGGAGCUGAGUCAUUGUUGCGAACAUUCUUUGGCCUCUAA